CUCCCCAGAGGGACUCAGGGCGGUUAACAUACAUAUAAAUGGCAAACAUUCAAUGCCACAAUUCCUUCAUUAAUAUCAAAAGUAUAAAAUGACAAUAACGUACACAUUAUAAUAAAAAAUCCACAUUGGAAAAACAAUACAUUUAAACAUGACAGUCAGUAAAAACAUUAUUGCACAGAGCGAGCGUAUACCUGGACCAGUGUAACUGACAAUGUCAACAGAAAGGAGGAAACCAUGAAAAGGAACCAAAUCUGGCCACCAGUAUUAAAACACUCUAGAAUCAGGGCAGUAAAUAACUAACAAUUCUCAGAAACAGGAGAAUUCCAGACAGCAAACAACCAAGUGCCAGUCAACAUCUCACAAAUAAACGAUGCCCCUAGGCAUUUUCAAUGAAAUUGUUCACAUGUUUCUUCUAGAUUUCAAUGGUUCCUCUGUGUAGCCUGACAUGAUGGUUGUGAGAGUGGUCCAGCAUUUCUGUGUUCUCAAAUAAUAUGCUGCGUCCAGGUUGCUUCAUCAGGUGCUCUGCUAUGGCCGUUCUCUCUAGUGGAAUCAGUCUACAAGGCCUUUUGUGUUCUUUGAUUUCUGUCUGGGCAAUGCUGCGUUUGGUGGUCCUUAUGUAGACUUCAACUUUGGGAGGUGAAGUCCACAUAGUAAUAAUAACUUUAUUUAUACCCCACCACCAUCUCCCCGAAGGGACUCGGGGCGGCUCUCGGAAGCACUCCAAGUGCCGCAUAUAGACAACAAUACCUAGGUAUUUACAUAGUGACAUAAAUAUAAAACAACAAUGCAUAUAAUAUCCCAGCUAAUACAAUUGUAAAAAUUGUUAAAAUUAUAAAAUGUUCCAAACUGCAGUAGGAUCUGUGAAAUAGCUGGCUUUCUGCAGUAACAAAUCAAAGUGCGAAGUGAUAAUCAGUGGAUCAUGGGGCUGACUAUAGAAUUACACAAGGGCAAAGGCCUGUCUGAAGAGCCAUGAUUUUAAACCUGCCCAAAAAGCUUGAAGAGUGGGGUCUAAUUUAAUUUACUUUAGGGAGGGUAUUCCAGAGCUGGGGAGCCACCACCGAGAAGGCCCUCUCUCUCAUCCCCACCAGCCAUACUUGAGUCGGUGGUGGGACCCAGAGAAGGGCCUCUCCAGCCGAUCACAGUGCAUGCGACGGUUCAUAGAAGAUGUGGUCUCAAAGACAGGUUGGACCCAAAGCAUAUAGGGCUUUAUAAGUAAUCAUCACCUGCACUUUGAAUUGGGCCUGGAAACUUGUUGGAAGCCAGUGGAGUUGCUUUAAAAGGGCCAAGGUAUGCUUCCUAAAGUCCAAAACACCUAGAGGAGGGUCUAUGUUUUCCCAUGCCUUCUCUAUCAGAUAGCCAUUUAAAAACUAUCACAAAAUGUGCUGCAGGAUGUCCCUCCCACAGAAACAGCUUUUGCACUUUUCCCAUGUUUUUAUGAUAGAACCAUUUAGGAAGUCUAUCCAAUGCUAAUCAAGUUGGCCAAUUGCAACAUUCACACUUGCCUCCAACAGACAAGAAUUCUUUUUCCCACCCUGGAUAUUGCAUAGAUAUGUAAACCCACUGCCUCGUUUCCAACAGACUUCACAACCUCUGAAGAUGCCUGCCAUAGAUAUGGGUGAAAUGUCAGGAGAGAAUGCUUCUGGAACAUGGCCAGAUAGCCUGGAAAACUGACAGCAACCCAUGUUGAGACUCUUAUGAUAUAUUCAUUGGAAAAAUAUCUCAAAAUGUGCCAUAGCAGGGUGCCCCUCCCGCAAAGAUAAAGUUUUUGCAGUUUCAUAAAGUUUUCCCUUGUUUUUAUGAUAGAGCCAAUUAGGAAAUAAUGGCAUUGAUAACACCAGGAACAAAAAUCGCAUUACAUGAUGUAAUUGUUUCGCUUUAGGGGUUUUGUGAAUGGAGCCAUUAUGGUGUGGGCGAAGUACAACUCCCAUCAUCAUCUCUCAUCAUUCCCCAAACUGCAUCAAUAGAAAAUGGCCUCCCGAGACCGCGUGGCCCAAGCCAAGUCCCGGGCGGAGCGCGCCCGGCCACCCACGGUGCCCGUCCCGCAGGUGGAGAUCGUGCCCGGACGCCUGUGCGAAGGCGACUGGGUCUCCAUGCUCUCCUACGAAGAGGCGGAAGACAGCGUGGCCGACCUCCUGGCCGUGAUGCUGGACCAGGUCAUGGAGGAAUGCUACAAGGUCUACCUGGACCGUCAGUGCAUCCCCUACGUCAUCAACCAGGCCCGGGAGGCCAUGAUCCAGAUCAUCGAGUGGCGCUUCCUGGUGCGCGACGAAGGCGAGGUGGAUGUGCCCACGGACCCCACCUGGCAGGAGGACGAGGAGCCAGUGCCCGGCAUCACGGACUGCUGGGCUCAGGGCUCUGUGCCUGUUGUCCAAACCACGCCAGCCCCGCUGGAGAGUGAGGUGCCGUUAGCCAUCCUCCUGGAGAAAACCCCUGCGGUGGAAGUGGAGGCGCUGCCUGACAGAGACAUGGCGGUGGGUGUUGCUCCAGGGCUCUUGAGCUCCCUACUGAAGGAGGACGAGGAGGAGGAGGAGGAGGAGGAGAAAGAGGAAAAGGAGCAGGAGGAGCUCCCCCAGCCAUCCUUUCCAGACGUCCACCCAUUGGAGUCCCGUGCCAGCCGGUUCAGAUCCAAAGAGGGGCUCCCACCCAUAAAAGCGGCUCGGGCCUCGCUUUACCUGCACCGUCUGUCCAUCAGGCCCCUCCAGACCGGCGACAAAACCGUGCGGACGACCCGUUUCAGCUUCCCGUUGUCCUCCCAGGCGAGCUCCGAGAGGGAGAAGGAGCCAUUCCUGCAGAAGCUCUCUCAGAUCUCCCUGAAGCCACAGGAGCAUGAAGAGGUGGGCCACCCCCUGAUGCUUCCCCCCUCCUGCAGCAACCUGUUGCGGAUCCAGGUGGGCCGCCCUCCCAUCACCAAGGACGUCUCCUACGACUCGCACGGAUGCGUCACCCUCGUCCCCCGCCUGGACCCGGCCCGGCUGCCCAAGCACUGGAUCCGGCCCACCAUGGAGGUGGUGGACGUGGACGAGGAGUCCCGCCGGCGGGAGGCCCUCAAGACCGUUUCGGGGAGAUGCCCCAUGCGCGGGCGCCCCCGCCAACGCCCCCUCCAGCUCUCCAUGGCACGCAGGAGGGACACGGUGGUGGGCUUCAACGGCGUCCAGCCCCUGGGGGCCCUUCCGGGGCUCUUGUGGGAGGGCCCGGGUCUAACCCUGCAGGAGGAAGCCGUCCAGCUGCCCCCUCCCCCGGAGAGGGUCCUGGAGCCCACCGGCCUCAUCUUCGUGAAGCCCACCUUGCUGAUGGAGAGGGUGGACCUGGCCCCGGGGGUCACGCUCCGCUACAGAAGCAGUCCCACCCACUGCCUCCCACCCAUGGCCCCUCUGGAGGAGGGGGUGGCCAGGAAGGCCCACGGGGAGCUCCGUACCCUCUCUGCCCAGACGCCUUUCCCCACGGCGAGCGCGGAGCAACCCCCCUUUCGGCCCCUGCCACGGCUGCACCCGAGAGUGGCUGCACGGCCCAGGUGCCCUUGCUAGGAAUAGGGACCCCCGACUUAAGCCCCUUGUUGCUUAAUAAAAAGGAAGGACUUUGGCACAA